CCGGCCUCACCGAGGGUACAACUAUAAACGCGCCCGUCCACCGCCGGAAUCUCACUUCCAGAAUCUUCGACCGAGACCGAGCCUCAUCCGCCACCAAUAUCUUCAACUCUCUCUGUUGAUCAUGUUUAAGAAAUCAGCGGAGGCGAAAUCUCUGCAGAGAUUAUCAGGAGCAGAUAAGAAAAAGCUGAGGAGAAUCGCGAAGGAGAGGUUUUCGAAUGCAUCGGAUGCUGACAUUGACGUCAUUCUUCCACCAAAGGCAGAGAUAACAUUAGCAAAGUACCCAAAUCGUGUUUAUGUAUAUAGCAUAGAAGGAGAGUUUCCAAUGAUCUUCGAUGUUGAUGGGAGAGGCACACAGAUUUUUCCUACAGUUUUUGCGCUAUGGAAGGUUCCUGAUUUAUUACCUGCUUUUCUGCUCAAGGGAGGUGAGGUAUCUCAUUUUAUUAUCGGAGGUGCCGAUUUGAUGUUUCCUGGCAUUAGGAUAGCUUCAGAAGGACUACCAUCUUUCUUAGCUGGUCAGCCAUGGUCAGUGAAAGUCCCAGGCAAUCCAGCACCAAUUGCGGUGGGAACGACCACAAUGAGCAGCGGAGAAGCCCUGAAAGCUGGUCUUCGUGGCAAAGCUUUGCGGAUAGCCCAUUAUUAUCGUGACUCAUUGUGGGAAUCUGUUGGAGGACAUUAUGUUCCAAAUGAAGGAUUUUUAGAAGAUGUUGUAAUUGAAGAUCCUGAAAUAGCUUCAGCUUCUCAAAUUUCUGAUGCAUCAGAGGGUGCUUCAGGUAACCGACAUGAGGAUCUUACUAAUGAAGUGGAAGAAUCUGAUGUUGGUCCAGAUACCGGAGGACAAAUAGAAAUUGAUGCACCAAAAGAUGUAGCCAGAAAUGAAGUCUCUGAAGAACUUACUUCUGAUUUGAGUGGUUUAAAAGUAUCAGAGCAUAUUUCUGCCGAAGAACCAAGUCUUGAGAAGGAACAACAUGUAUUAUCCAAUGAAGAAAUAGAUAUUCUUUUGGAAAAAUGCCUUUUGCAGGCACUGCACACGACUGUCAAAGAUAAAGAUCUCCCAAUGCCUGGAAGCACAUUAUGGUCAAACCAUGUACUGCCAUGCAGACCUUCCGGCAUCACUUUGGACAUUAAGAAGUCAUCACACAAGAAGCUUUCAAAGUGGUUGCAGUCGAAAUCUUCUUCUGGGCUGAUAUCAGUAAAGGAAGACAAGUAUAAGAAGGAAGUUGUGUUACUGGCUGUUAAUCGUGUUCAUCCAGAGUACACAUCUUUCAAACCAGAGAAACGGUUACCAGAGAAUGUGGAUCAGACACUUGAUCCUUCAGCGGCGGACGUUCGCCAAUCAAAAUUGCAGCUUGAAGUGGUUGAGAUCUACAAGCCAAGUACACAUGUUAAUCCCAUUUUUAUGUCUGUUGGGGCUGACAUUGGGCACUAUUACACUGCAUCUGAGGCAGCUGAUAUUGUUUUCAGAUACAUUGAGAAAGAAAAUCUAGUCAAACCGAUGAACAAGGCAAUGGUGGUUCUUGAUGCUACUCUAUGCGAUGCUCUGUACAAAGGGGCCAUAAAGAAGGGCUCAAGUUACCCAACAGAGAUUCACAAAAAGGAUUUAGGUGCAACAUUUUUGAACAGAAUGCAAGUCCACCACAGAGUAUCAAGAGGGAACGAUGUUGCAGUGCGCAAGGGUGCAAUGAAACCUAUCCAGAUAAUGACUGAACGGCGUCAAGGAAAUAAGAAGGUGACGAAAGUCUCAGGGGUGGAGACUUUUCUAUUGGAUGCUGAAUCAUUAGCUUCUGAACUUCAAAAGAAGUUUGCUUGCAGUACAUCAGUGGCCGAACUUCCUGGUAAAAAGGGACAGCAUGAGGUCCUCGUUCAAGGUGGGGUGAUUGACAACCUUGCAAAACAUCUCAUAGAACAUUAUGGUAUUCCUAAGAGGUACAUUGAGGUUCUUGACAAAACCAGAAGAUAAAUCGAGAAAUCUCUGGACAUAAAUAUAAACAAGUUUAAGCGACAAUAAAUUACAGGUCUCGUUGUACUAGAGUUGUUUGUAUCGAUGCUCUUUUCCUUAUUAGUGCCGUAGAGGUUACUGGCAUUGCUACUCCCUCUUCAAUGUAUCUACACGGUUGUAACCCAUAAACUUCAUGUUUUAGUUUGAGAAAGCAGAUCAGGGUGCAAUAAGCCUUUCUGGAGCAUGAGCUUUACUACUCCGAAAAGGUCACUGUUUCAGGUCGUCUUGUGUGGCUGUUAAUCUUUGUUUGGGGGCUUCUUAGUUUUAUGGCUUUUGGACGAUAGAAAGUGGAAAGAUGAAAAAUUGAGGUGGCCAGUAAUGA